AACUAGUAGGCAGAUUCGUUCAAAAUUUGCCAACACGAUCACAUCUUGUUGCUGUAGACUCACCUCCAAGGCCUCACCUGUUCAUCACCUUCAUGAGGUGAAAAUCUCCCUGUGUGACCUCACUGAGCGGCACGCAUGUUAUGUUUGGCUUCGAUUUGAUUCCUUUUUUACUUCAUACUUAAUCUAACUUUCUCGCCCUUCCCUCCCCAGCGUCCCACCCAUCACAUCCACCCCCCUCGAAUGCCCUUCUCUCCACGCCUCCACACCACUUCUCCCUCCGUUUAUUUCUGCUUCCUUUCCCUCUCCUCCUCCAAUUCCAGCGUCUUUCCUGAUCUGUGAGGACGUCAGGAUGGAGGACAGGGUGUGGACCGUGUGCCUUUUUGUCCUUUCUUGGAGGUUCGGAUGGACGGAUGCUCAGAGGACGACUAACCUCACCGAACAAGGGCCGCUCUUUCCCUGCGGAGGACACAUGGUCACAGACUCGGGCAUGGUGGCCAGCGAAGGCUUCCCCAGUUUCUACAAACCCAACAGCAAAUGCACCUGGUUCAUCACUGUCCCAGAGGGUCACGUGGUCAUGUUGUCAUUCCGCCUCUUUGACCUCGAAGCUGACCCCACCUGUCGCUACGACUACCUGGAUGUCUACAAUGGUCAUUCACUCCUGGUGCAAAAACUGGGGCGCUUCUGUGGGACCUUCAGGCCAGGAGCUCUCAUCUCCACCUCCAACACGAUGAUGCUGGAGAUGGUGUCAGACGACGCCACAGGAGGAAGGGGGUUCUUGGCGUCCUUCAAUGCUGGGAAGCCACACAUGGAAGAGAACCAAUUUUGUGGAGGGCGGCUGACCAAAGAGCAAGGUUCUGUCAAGACGCCCAACUGGCCCAACUCUAAUUACCCAGCAGGUAUCAGCUGCUCCUGGCACAUCUCCGUGGAGCCGAGCAACGUGAUUGAAGUCAAGUUUGAGAAGAUGGAUUUGGAGGCUGAUACGUACUGCCGGUACGAUUAUGUGGCGCUGUUUAAUGGAGGAGAAAGGGACGACUCAAGGAGGAUUGGAAAGUUCUGUGGCGAUAGACCGCCGGGGACUAUAGUGACAAAUGGAAACGAGCUCCUGGUCCAGUUUGUCUCUGAUCUUAGUGUAACUUCGGAUGGAUUCAUGGCGUACUACAACAGCGUGCCCCGUGGGUCCCGCACCCCCACUGCUGGAGGUGACUUUAUUUACAGUCUCAAGACCACGUCUACAACAAGGAAACCGACCGUGAGGCCCAGCAGCAUCAAACCAACACCAAAACCAACUACCAGAACUUCUUCAAGAACCACUCCUAAACCUACUCAGAAACCAACUCAAAAACCAACCGCCAAGCCAACUCAGAAACCAACCGUCAAACCAACCACCAAACCAGCUGCCAAACCACCCCGGAGACCCAGACCUGGCCUAGUAGUUAAACCCACCCCUAAAACCAUUAAAACAACGCCAGGGAGAACGCCGUUGGUGAAGAAAAUCCCACUUCAUAGACCUACUGCCAAGCCCUCAGUCAAGCCCUCACCUAAACCCAAACCAACUAAAGCUACACCCAAGUUACCUGAUAGAAAACCCACAAAAAAACUCACGGUCAAGCCCAAGACCAUAAAAACUACUGCUAAACCAAGGAUAGUGCCCAAACCCACGCGUAAACCUCUGCUAAAAACUAAACCCACUGCUAAACCUCGAGUGAAGCCAGUGAAGACGACUCCAAAGACUGUUGUUAAACCCUCAGUCAAACCAUCAGGACCAACCAAGACAGUAACAAAGAAGCCAUCAGUCAGCCAGAAACCUUUACCGAUGAACCCAAUAUGCACACAACCCUGUAAGAGGACCGGAACCCUCCAGUCCAACUUCUGCCCUCAUGAUUUUGUCAUCACCGGCAAGGUCACCUUCGUAAACAAUGCUCCAAGGGGCUCGGCCACAAUAGAGGUGUCGCUGAUCAAGGCCUACAAGACUGGACAACUCAAAAUAGCCAAGUCGGGACCCGUCAAGUCAGUGGUGCUGACUUCAACCUGCAAGAGAUGCCCUGGGAUUGUCAAAGGCCGAAACUACGUACUGAUGGGAAAAGUGGAUGAGCAGGGCAACGGCCUCCUGAGCCCCUCCAGCUUCACCCUCCUCUACAAACCCGUUCACACCAAACCACUGGACAUCCUUUCAAAAAAAGCCUGCUGACAUCAUAGUUCCAUCAGCCAAUCAGAAGAGGGGAAAUAUUUUCAAGUGGCACUCUGAAUGAGUUGAUAUGCAAUCAACAUGCGGCUGAAAAAGAAAAACCUUUAACAAUUGAAACGCUCAAAGUCAAGUAUUUCAUUUUUAUAUUAUGUAUGUAAAUGGUACAGUAUAUUUUUCGAACUACUUCACAAUGUUAAAAUGUUACCAAUAAACAUAG